UUUAAAGCGGAAACUGGUCACACCCACAAGGAGAAACAACAUUAAAAAUGGAAUCUGGACCAAAUGCAGAAAUUGAGCUUUUGGAGCGCGUCCUGUUGCGUUUAGGAAACGCGGACUCGGACGAGAAGCUGGAGGCCACAGUGGGCAAAUUCCUGACUCCUGUGAUCCUGAAGAUGAACUCUCCCCACAAUGCGGUGCGCACCAAGGUCGUGGAGGUGCUGACCCACAUCAAGCGGCGGCUCUCGUCGCGGGGACAAGUCCAAAUCCCAGUGGAGGCUCUGCUUGAUCAGUAUGCCGCCGAGGAUAGCAGCACGUUCCUAAAGAACUUCGCCAUCAUAUUCAUCGCCAUGGGCUAUCCACGCCUGCCGCUGGAGCAACAGGCCGGUCUGGCCAGCAAGGUGGUGGGCAGCGAAGACAAGUUGGAGAGCUACCAGGACAAGAUGUUUGCCUUGCUGCUGCCCAUACUGUCAGAGAUCAAGAUCCCAGAUGAUCCGGCACAGCGUUCAAAGCUCCUCAAUCUGCAGGACAAGCCGGGCAUCAGUACGAACUUUCUCUCCCUACUUCAGGAUGUGUUGCUCCUGCCCUACGGCAUCACCCAGGAUCAGGAGAUACCGCCAGGAAUGAGUAUUUAUAGUUUUAAGCGAAUCAUCGCUAAUAAUUGGCGUGCCGAGGAACUGGAAAAGGUUAAGAAGGGAAUCGUUCGCUUCCUCUGCGCCAGCGUCUUCACAGAUGUGCAGAUCUUCGCGCCUCUUGUGGUGGCCUCGGCAGACACACGCUUCAGCGUGGCCACUCCGGCGCUCGCCGAGCUGAGUAAGCUGUGCACCAUGCUGGACUUUAGCAACCCAGCAGUAACCGCUCCGCUGUACAUCUUGUUUGUCGGCAACCAGAGCAAGUUGACGGACCGCCAUACGCGUCCCUGCUGUGCCCGCAUUCGUCAAAAGUUGCUGCAGUACCUCAUCAAGUGUCGCGGCAAGAGCAUCAACGUGACAAAGGGUCUGCAGGUGAUCUUCGACGGUCUCUUCGGGACUAACACCAAUCAGAAAUGCAAGGUUUUAGCCCUGAAUUUCGUAGAGCUGGUACUCAGAGAUGGUCCCCAAGAGUUGGUCUCAAAGGUUUCGAAGGUCAUCCUCACUGGCAUUACAAAGAUUAUCGGGCGCGACUCUACCGAACCAAAUGAUGUCCAGAAUGCGGCAUAUUCCGCCUUGGCGCAGCAUGCUCGCAGCUUUCCGCAGGAUGUUAGUCAAGACCUGAAGCUGGUCCUUGGAUACUUCAACAACCUGGCCAGCUGUGCUCCUGAACUGCACUCGUCUAUACGCGAGGCACUAGUCUCCAUGGCUCCAGCAUUUGCGUGGAAGACCAAGGAGAAAAGCGAUGCCAUGGAGAUGGAGGAAAACACAGAUCCAUCGGCCGUCAAGCUGGAUGGCCAGCAGCAUCUGUUAUUGGCCAUGCUGCUAGACAAUGCCGAAUCAAAGAUCCAGAUCGUUCAGAAUGUGACUAGUGUCUUCCUGACCAGCUGCUAUCCAGAGUAUUAUGCCCCCGCCCGAUACCUGCUGCUGCUCAUUGCGGGAGAGCGAAAUUCCCUGCGCGAGAAUGUGACAACCUACUUGUAUGGCACUUCGAAGAAGGAUCAUGUCAACUACAACCUGCUCUCCUCCAUCGAGCAGGUCGAAAACCGCACCAAUAGUGAAUCCAUUAGUGACUUUAAUCACCUGUCCUUGGAGCAACGACGUGUGGUACUGCCCAGCUUUCCGGUAAUGAUGUCCCACGUCCACGAGAUGGCUAAUAAGCGGCUUAAGAAAAGCAACUCCUGCGUGGUGGUGGGACGCACCAAGCUACCGUACAGCCUGGAAGUGUACGAGGAGCUGCUGGACUAUCUACGUCUGUGCCUGUGGUAUUCGGCUGGCGUAGUGUCUGCUCCUGGGGAUGAGAAAUAUACCCAGGAGUUACGCAAGUACAUAACCCUGCACUACGACGAGGAGGAAAACAACGCGCUGAAUCAGUACGUGCAGUUUGUCCAACGUAGUGUGGAGGCCAAGAGAAGCGAAUCUAAUCUCGUCUGUCUGUACGAUCUACUAAAUGCCGCUCCAGAGCUUUUUGCUGCCAAGCAGCUGCAUCUGCUGGAGCCGCUCGGUAACACCUUAAAGGAUGUUUCCGAGACAAUGCGCAUCCAUGUGGCUCAGGUCUAUGGCAUUCUAUGGGCCUUCGGGUUGUCCGAUGAUAAAUUCGACGAGGAAGUGGGCGAGUGCCUGAACAACCUUACGCAAAAGACAUUGGAGCAUAAACAUGGCUGGCUCCUGGUACUGGGACACACCUUUAAUCGGAAGAUUGCCAUGCUCAAACAGGAGAAGAAAGCAAAAGACUUUGCUACUUGGUCGCAGUUUGUAAAUGCCGUCAAGAUAAUAUGUGACCAAAACCUCUGUGAAUCCCAGUGGCUGCUUGUAUCGGCAGCCGUGAAAUGCAUCUCCAUGAUCGGCAAGGCUGUGCAGAUACCCAACGUCAAGGUGGAGAUCCAGGUGCCCACCAAUGAUGGCGAUGACGACGAAGAGAUGACCGAAUACACGAGUAUUGAUUCGUCUACUAAGCUGGUUGUCUUUGGCGUGGUAUUCCAGCUAUUGCGCAGUUCGUCGGCGCGCCAAAAAAUACGAGAGGAGUCUGCCAGAUGUCUUGGCUACUUGGCCAUCGGCGAUGGCGAGCACUUUACCAAGCGCAAUCUGGAAAAGUUCCUCACCCUUGCCAAGGUGCAGAAGGAUGCAGCUCUAAACAUAGCAAUAUCCGAGGCGAUUGUAAACACCCUUUGCGGCUAUGAUGUGAACAAGGGACAGCCAGACGAGAAGUUCGUCAAUCUACACUGCAGCGAUGCCGAAUUUGAGCAAUUCCUGAUUUCGUUGAUUCGCAUGGUCACCGAACCCAAUCCGAAUUCCCGACAGGCCAUCGUGUGGCUUCUGGCCGUAGUAAAGCACUGCAGCAAGCGUCCCGCAGUGUUGGCCAAGAAGGAGCUGCUUCAGUUUGCCUUCACUGAGCUCCUCUCCGAUGACAGCGAAUUCGUCCAGGAUGUGGCGUCCCGUGGCCUGGGACUUGUGUACACUCUCUCAGACUCCAACAGCCAAAGUGACCUGGCCAACUCGUUGCUGGAUCAACUAAUUGGAGGCAAACGAAAGGUGAACCAGGUCACUGCCGAUACGGAAAUCUUUGCCGAAGGCAUGCUAGGCAAGACGCCCACGGGAGGCAAUAUCACCACUUACAAGGAGCUUUGCUCCCUAGCUUCGGAUCUCAACCAACCGGACAUGAUCUACCAGUUCAUGCAGCUGGCCAAUCACAAUGCCACUUGGACCAGCAAACUGGGAGCGGCCUUCGGAUUGAAAACUCUUUCCGCCGAAUCCAGACAGAAGAUGCAACCGUAUUUGGGCAUUAUACCGCGCCUCUAUCGCUACAAGUACGAUCCCACACCCAAAAUUCAGAACUCGAUGAUCUCAAUUUGGGACACUAUUGUGAGUGACUCGAAGGAGGUAACCGAGCGUUACUACUGGGAAAUUCUGCGUGAGCUUCUGGACAAUCUCACGUGCAAGGAGUGGCGAGUACGAAUCGCAUGCUGCCUGGCGGUUCGGGAUCUGCUGAAGCGUUCCAAUGGCUUGAAACUGCGCUCGGAUGAGCUUGUGCGGCGGACUUCUACUUCCGAUGCCAUGGAGGUCGAUCAGGUUCCCGAGCCGGAGCUGAAGGAACUAUGGUUUCAGCUUUUUCGUGUGAUGGACGACAUCCAUGAAGGUACCAGGGUAGCGGCUCACGGCACUGCUUCAUUCCUCGGCAAGCUGUGUGUUAUUGCCUCCUCCUCGGAUCAUGGGAAAUCUGGCACUGCGGUGGCUACAUCUGUUUUACCGUAUCUACUGGAGAUUGGAGUGGGUCACAAAGUGGCUGAGAUCCGCACGGUGAGCAUCAAGACCAUUUCCGACAUGAUUGACUCAUCGGGAGCCCUAAUUGCUCCUCAUCUGGUCACCCUGAUUCCGUGCCUGCUCCGUGCCACCGGCGAGUUGGAAAAUAGCAAGCUGUCUUACGUGUCCACUCGUUUGGGAGCUGACAACGAGGCACAGGAGGCAGUGGAUACACUCCGUGCGGAGGCUGCGAAGUCACACCACACUAUGGAGACCAUUGGCAAGUGCGUGCGGUACAUUGAUUAUCCUGUGCUAGAGAAGAUGACGCCCGAAGUCCUAGAACUGAUGCGGUCCAGUGUGAAUCUGGGAACUAAGAUUGGCUGUGCCCAUUUCGUUUGUCUGAUCAGCAUCCGGCUGGGCAAGGAGAUGACACCGGUGGUGGGUAAAUACAUUCGCGCCUGCUUCGUGGGCAUCAAGGAUCGCAACGCCACUGUACGGAAGUACAACGCCAGUGCCAUCGGCCAUCUCCUGGGGCUGGCCAAAGAGCAGUCGAUCAAGAGCCUGUUCGCUAAGCUGGACGAAUUGUAUGUGGAGCAGCCGGAAAAUCGCUCAAUUGCCCUGACCAUUCAGUCCAUGAACAAGCGCCAUCAUGAGCUCCUGAAGGACUACAUGGACAGCAUGCUACCACUGAUCUUCUUCGCCAUGCAUGAAGAGGUCAGCGAGGAGACAAAGGCCAAUGUGGAGCUGUGGAAAGAUCUGUGGAACGAUGUCAGUCCAGGGGACGCAGGCAUUCGUCUUAAUCUGAAUGUGAUCAUACCCAAGCUGGAGACAUCUCUCACCGAUGCCAGCUGGUCUCGCAAGGCGCAGGCAGCUAAUGCCAUCCAAACGAUAGCUACUCGCCUGAGCAGCACCCUGGAAGAGCCCGACAGAGUGCGACUAAUCAGGCUCCUCCUAACUGGGCUGCAGGGUCGCACCUUCGAGGGCAAGGAGCGCCUCCUACAAGCUUUGGCUGGACUCUGCAAGGGACUGAAUCGAUCCCACGAAAUCUGUCCCAUCAUCAUCGAUGCGGCCAUGAGGGAGGCAAGGAAACGAGAGCCCAUCUAUCGUACCAAUGCCUUGGCUUCUCUGGGCAACAUUCUCGACCAGCUGGAAGCAGAUCGCUUCGAAGAGGUGUACAACAUGAGCUGGAAUCUGCUGGAGAAGAAGGAGCUGCGCAAAGAGUCAGACGACGAAGACGAGCCUAGCACCAGCAAGGACCUUACGGCUGACGAGCGCAACAAGAGGGCUCAGACACUCAACCGACUGAAGGAGGUCGUCUGGGAGACAUUGGGCAAGUCUUGGCCGCGUCAUUCAAUCGAAACACAGCACCGAUACCAGCUCUUCUUUGCCGAGAACUGCACGAGCAUUCUUGCGGAGAGCACGCGCCCAGUGCAGGUCAGCCUACUGGCCGCCCUUGCCAAGUAUAUCGAGCGGCUCUAUGUCUUCGAUGAGUCCGCUCAAUUGCCAGAUCUGUCGCAGAUUAACCAGGAGAAGAAGAUCAAGACGGAAGCGCCGGCGCCACAAACCCGCGAAGCCAUUGUUGAGAAGAUCUGCACCGAUGUCCUGGCAGCCGUAGCCCUUGCUGCUGGCGUCCCACACACAGGUCUCAAGAAGGAAGCCCUCAACAUUGUCCUGAUGCUCAUCAAGCGGCAAAGUGGGGCCAAAAACCAGCAACCCCUGAACCUAAUCAGGCAAAGCUUCGAGUUGAAUUUGGAAAAGUUCCAGCGCGAUUCCGCUCCAGAGAUCCGCUGCCGUAUCAAAGACAUCGAAGGGAAGCUGGGAAAGCUGAAUCCGGGUAAUUAGAGGUCCCUGUGAUGUAUAUGUCGCCAAAACCCCAUUGCUGGGUAGAUUUCCUAAAGGGUAAGUCUGGAAAUUAAACAUCGUAACUUUGGCUGAAAUAAAUUUGUAUUUUUUAAA